AUGAAUCAUGAAGUUUCAGAUUGCUCGGAUUUGAGCUCCUUGGCCUCGUCGCCGCGUUCAUCACCGGAGCCUGCGGCACGGUACCUGACGCCGUCCUCUUCGCAGGAAGGUGAGGAUUCUAUCCGCCAAGACUGUCCUCCCGCCAAAAAGAGGAGACGUAACCCACUGCCCAAAGAACGAACGACACAGUAUCUGAAGCUGUCGCAAUCUUCCGAAAGUCAAAAGGAUCAAGCAAAAUUACUUGUUGAAACUCUUCGCCACCAAAAAGAUAUUGUCGUUAUUGCUGGUGCUGGUAUCUCCACCUCCGCGGGUAUUCCGGAUUUUCGUUCCACAGAUGGCUUGUUUAAAUCAUUGCAAAAGAAGCAUAAUUUGAAGGCUUCCGGUAAACUUUUGUUUGAUGCGGCUGUUUAUCAGGAUGACGCCUUGACGGCGCCUUUUCAUGAAUUGGUGCGGUCGCUCAAGAUUGAGUCCGAAAAGACCAAACCUACCAAGUUUCACCAAAUGCUUGCUCGACUGGGCAAGGAGAAUCGCCUCAAGCGUCUGUAUACCCAAAACAUUGACGGCCUUGAAACGUCCAUGGUGCCACUUCAAACAGAAGUCCCCCUCAACGUCAAGGGUCGCUGGCCUGUAACUAUUCAACUUCACGGCAGCAUUCAAAAGAUGGUCUGCCAAAAAUGUCGAUCCACUUCCGAUCUGGAUCCCAGUAUAUUCGUGGAAACCGACCCGCCAGAGUGCGGUGAUUGUGCCGAAAAUGACAGGAACCGUCGCAUCGCCGAACAACGCAGUCAUGGUGUAGGACGUCUGCGUCCACGAAUUGUUCUGUACAACGAGCAUAACCCCGAUGAAGAAGCUAUCACCUCUGUUAUGAACGCAGAUGUAAAAUCUCGCCCUCGCGUAUUGAUUGUUGCAGGAACCAGCCUUAAAAUCCCUGGUGUCCGCCGCCUUGUGAAGAGUUUAUGUACCGUCAUCCGUACACGAAAGGACGGAGUGACAAUGUUCAUCAAUAAUGAACCUCCUGUUGGAAAAGAGUUCGAAAAUUGCUUUGACUUGAUCGUUCAAGGAAACACUGAUGAAGUAGCGGAUCUCGUCGCACUCAAGAAUUGGGAGGAUUGUACACCAUAUCAAUCACUGUUGCCAGAACCUGUAUUCGGCCUCAAACCAGAAACCGAUUCGGAAACAGAAUUCAAACUUGCUGUCGUUAUCACGCCAAAGAAGAAGCGCACCAUCGAAGAGACAGGCCUGCUUACACCGUCUGCUAGCAACGAUGAGAAGCCCAAUACGAAGAAGGUGGGCAAGUUGGCCAAUCCAGCAAGCAAGGGCCGUAAUCUCAAAGACAUGCUCGGCUCAGCCAAAACCACCGCACCAGCUCAAGCAGCUCGUAAGCCUGCUGCUGCGCCCAAGAAGCGAGCACCCAAGACAGCUGCCAAACCAACCAAACAGAUCACCAACUUCGGUACCGUCGGAAAAUCGGCCACUGCGCCUGCGAACGCCACGAAGAAGACUGCAGGCGGCAAAGCACUGGCUCCAGUCGUUAUGUUCCCCAAUCUUCCCAAGAACGCGGACGCCUCAGGGAAAGUUGUUGAAGGGGUAGAAGCCACACCUGUGACCGAAUGUCCUAGUUGA